GGUCCGCGCAUCUGUUGGGCACGCGCGCCGGUGUGUGUCGCGCGCGGGCUAGUUGGGCAGCGCGAGACGCGCAGUAUCUGUGCGAGUCAGGGCGGGCGGGAGCUGGUGCCGGAGGAGCCUGGAGAGCGACCUCCCUGCCAGUGAUUCCGAGCGAGCGGCUGCGGCAGCUGGGAGUGAGCUGAGGGAUGCGCCGCGUCCCCAACACUCAGUGUUGAUGUCAUGACAGCAUACUGGACUGUUCUAAAGAUGCACUGCAGGUACUGAUGGGAAGGGGAUCAAUAUGAAUGUAAAUGAUGUUGGAGGAAGACGACGCUUUGAGGACAGUGAGUUUACACUACACGUAUAUCCUGGGAGCAUUGCUGAAGGAACCAUCUAUUGCCCUAUUACCGCCAGAAAAACAUCAACAGCUGCUGAGGUAAUAGACUCUCUCAUUAAUAAACUCCAACUCGACAAAACAAAAUGUUAUGUCCUAGCAGAGGUGAAGGAGUUUGGUGGGGAGGAAUGGAUUCUCAACCCUACAGACUGCCCUGUCCAACGCAUGAUGUUGUGGCCCCGCAUGGCCCUGGAGAACCGACUGAGUGGGGAAGACUAUCGCUUCCUUCUGAGGGAGAAGAAUCUAGAUGGGUCUAUUCAUUAUGGCAGUCUACAGUCCUGGUUACAAGUGACAGAAGAGCGUCGCAGGAUGAUGGAACGUGGAUUCCUUCCUCAGCCACAGCAGAAGGACUAUGAUGAUUUGUGCAGUUUACCAGAUUUAAAUGAGAAAACACUCUUGGAAAAUCUCAGAAACCGCUUUAAGCAGGAAAAAAUUUAUACCUAUGUAGGCAGCAUUCUGAUAGUCAUUAAUCCAUUCAAAUUUCUCCCCAUUUACAAUCCCAAGUAUGUCAAAAUGUAUGAUAAUCAUCAGCUGGGAAAGCUGGAGCCCCAUAUUUAUGCUGUGGCUGAUGUGGCCUACCAUGCUAUGCUUCAGCGCAGGAAGAACCAGUGCAUUGUGAUUUCAGGAGAAAGUGGGUCAGGGAAAACACAGAGCACAAACUUUCUGAUUCAUCACCUCACUGCUCUCAGCCAGAAGGGAUUUGUUAGUGGAGUAGAACAGAUUAUUCUUGGAGCUGGACCAGUGCUUGAGGCUUUUGGAAAUGCAAAGACAGCGCAUAAUAACAACUCCAGUCGCUUUGGCAAGUUUAUUCAAGUGAAUUACCAGGAAACAGGCACUGUGCGAGGAGCUUAUGUUGAAAAGUAUUUACUGGAGAAAUCCAGGCUAGUCUAUCAGGAACACAAUGAACGGAACUACCAUGUAUUUUAUUACCUUCUGGCAGGAGCAAGUGAGGAAGAAAGAUCAGCAUUCCAUCUUAAACAACCCGAGGAGUAUCAUUACCUCAAUCAGAUGACAAAGAAACCCCUCAGACAGAGCUGGGAUGAUUAUUACUAUGACUCUGAGCCGGAUUGUUUCUCUGUUGAAGGGGAAGACCUGAAGCAUGAUUUUGAGCGCUUACAACUGGCCAUGGAGAUGGUGGGAUUUCUUCCCAAGACUCGCAGACAAAUUUUCUCUCUCUUAUCUGCAAUACUACACUUGGGUAACAUCUGUUACAAAAAGAAAACAUACCGGGAUGAUUCUAUAGAUAUUUGUAACCCUGAAGUACUACCUAUUGUCUCAGAAUUGCUGGAGGUAAAAGAAGAGAUGCUGUUUGAAGCCCUGGUUACCAGAAAGACAGUGACAGUGGGAGAGAAGCUUAUUUUACCAUACAAACUUGCAGAGGCCGUGACUGUGCGGAAUUCCAUGGCUAAAUCAUUGUACAGCGCCCUGUUCGAUUGGAUAGUUUUUCGAAUUAAUCAUGCACUUUUGAAUACAAAGGAUGUGGAGGAAAGCACUAAGACUUUGUCCAUUGGAGUACUUGAUAUCUUUGGGUUUGAAGAUUAUGAAAAUAACAGCUUUGAACAAUUCUGCAUUAACUUUGCUAAUGAACGCUUACAGCACUACUUUAACCAACACAUCUUUAAACUAGAGCAGGAGGAGUACAGAGCAGAAGGCAUCAGCUGGCACAACAUAGACUAUAUAGAUAAUUCUGGUUGUAUAAAUCUUAUCAGCAAGAAACCAACAGGACUGCUCCACCUGCUGGAUGAGGAAAGCAAUUUUCCACAAGCCACAAACCAAACGCUACUGGACAAGUUUAAGCGUCAGCAUGAGGGGAAUUCUUACAUUGAAUUUCCAGCCGUGAUGGAGCCGGCUUUUAUCAUAAAUCACUAUGCUGGAAAAGUGAAAUACGGAGUGAAGGAUUUCCGGGAGAAAAACACAGAUCAUAUGCGGCCAGACAUUGUAGCUCUCCUAAGAAGCAGCAAGAACGCCUUUAUCUGUGGGAUGAUAGGGAUUGAUCCAGUGGCUGUGUUCCGCUGGGCAGUCCUCAGAGCUUUUUUCAGGGCUAUGGUUGGUUUUAGGGAGGCUGGAAAACGAUACACUGAGAAGAAAACUGGGCAUGAUGAUGCAGUGCCAUGUGCGGUUUUGAAAAGUGUGGAUAGUUUUAGCUUUCUACAUCACCCAGUCCAUCAGAGGAGCUUAGAGAUCCUGCAGAGAUGCAAGGAGGAGAAGUACAGUAUUACUCGGAAAAGCCCAAGAACGCCCCUUUCAGAUCUUCAGGGAGUUAACACCAUCAAUGAGAAAACACAGCGCGAUACCUAUGGAGUUGGCUGGACUGGCAGGAUGGGAAUCCGACAAGGCCGACUCUCUAGUUCUAGCUCCUUCCUAGACAAAGAUGGAAUAUUUGUUAAUUCGACCAACAGCAAGCUGCUGGAGAGGGCCCAUGGCAUUCUCAUGAGAAACAAGAACUUCAAAGCCAAACCCAAUCUCCCAAAGCACUUGUUGGAGGUGAAAUCUCUCAAGCACCUAACUAACCUGACACUGCACGAUCGCAUUACAAAGUCUCUUCUCCACCUCCAUAAGAAGAAGAAACCACCCAGCAUCAGUGCACAAUUCCAGGCAUCCCUCAACAAGUUGAUGGAGACUCUUGGUCAAGCAGAGCCUUAUUUUGUCAAGUGCAUUCGAUCUAAUGCUGAAAAGCUCCCUCUGAGGUUCAGUGACAGCCUGGUGCUUAGGCAGCUGCGAUAUACAGGAAUGCUGGAGACAGUUCGAAUUCGGCAAUCUGGGUACAGCUGCAAAUAUUCCUUCCAGGACUUUGUGAACCAUUUCCAUGUUCUGCUGUCACGAGGAAUCAGCCCAUCUAAGCACAACAUCCAUGAUUUCUUCAGGAAAAUAAAGCUCAGUCCAGACAAUUAUCAAGUUGGGAGAACAAUGGUUUUCAUGAAGGAGCGGGAGCGCCAGCUUUUGCAGGAUUUGCUGCACCAGGAGGUACUCCGGAGGAUUACUCUACUGCAGCGUUGGUUUCGCGCUAUACUGGAGAGAAGGCACUUCUUGAACUUGAGGCAGGCAGCAGUGAUCAUACAGAGGUACUGGCGCAGUUAUCAGAGUAGAAAGCAAGCUGAAGACUCCCUAGUUGAUCCUCUCCCUUUCAGCAAUGCAGCACUUGUUCUCCAGGCCCACUGGCGAGGUUUUGUGGAGAGGCGAAGAUUCCUGCAGAUGCGGGAUGCAGCCUUCAUCAUCCAGAACUAUUGGCGGGAAUGCUCUAGGCGUAGGCAUGCCGCAGCCAUGUGCAUACAAGGAGGCUGGCGAGGUUACUGCACAAAAAGACUCUACAGGGUCAAGAGAAAUAAAAUCAUCCUAUUGCAAGCAGCAUGCAGAGGUUACAUAGCACGGCAAAGAUUUAAAGCUUUAAAAGAGCAGAGAUUAAAAGAGAGACAGCUGGAGAAUGGAGUGUCAAUCAGAGAAGAGGAUAGACUGGAGGCAGAUGAUGCUAUGAAAAUUAGGGGCUCAGACCCAUCUAAGUGGGAGGAUGGAUCGUUUGAACAGCGGGUGAGAGCUGUAGAGGAACAUAAAUCAGUAAUAGAGAAUAGUCGGGUUAAUCAUGCUGAUCCAGUAGACAGUUCUGGAGACUUACUGUACAAAAGACACGAGAGAGCCAGCAGCCAAAGUGGCAUGGACAUUGAAGAGGAAGUAGUUGUGAGAGAGAGGCCUAAAUCAUUGGAGGAUCUCAACCAGAAAAAAGUGGUCCGGGCAAAAAGAGAAAGCCGGAGAAUGCGUGAAUUGGAACAAGCAAUAUUUAGCUUGGAAUUGCUUAAGGUCCGGUCCACUGGCGGAGUGUCUCCCUCAGAGGAGCGUCGGUGGUCCACAGAGCUUGUGUCGGAGGUCCUUCAUUCUCCUCAGGGUACCCCAGAGAGUGAAAGCUCUCAGGGGAGCUUAGAAGUGUUAAGCUGUGAGGAUACUCAAAAGAAUAAACUUGAUUCUCCAGUUUUAGAAGAGCAAGACAUGCAGUCUGUCUCCACUGAGACCCAGGACUCUUUACCUCACAGUCCUAAGCCUGAUUUGCAGGACACAACCUUCUCAGCAGAUGUGAACAGCAACUUAUCUAACAGAAAAAGGACACCAUCAAGUUCUGAGUUAUCAGAGAGUCUUGCUACUAAGGAGCGGAUGGUCUGUGAUACCCAGAAUGUUAUCUACAAAAUGCAUCCAAGAGAGACCUUCAUUCCUAGAAAUCUGCCUACUUUUUACAUUCCACCACAGGACACCCAGAAAGCACAUCAGUCACUAAUGGAGAAUAACUUGAAGAACAAACUAAUGGAAAAGGAAGGAAAACCAGGUACAUUUCCUGAGGUUCAGAAAGAUACAGAGCCAGGCAGGCAGGGCCAGGGCAAAGCCUUGGAUGAAGAGAGAGGAGAAAACCAUCCUGUCAAGCAAGAGGAAAGCCUGCCUGCUCUUGCAUCAGAUACACAUUCUUCAGACUCUGUUAUCAGGAGACUUGAGAAGCUGAAUGUGGAGAAGGAGGAGCGACAAAAGCAGCUGCAGCAGCAAAAUGAGAGGGAGAUGAUGGAGCAGAUCCGCCAGCAGAAGGAAAUUCUGGAGAAACAACGCAAAGUUUUUGAGCAGUUUGAGAGACAAGGGAGGGGAGAGGCCUUGCAAAGGACUGAGCACAGCAGAAUCAAGGAUCCCUCACAAGGAGUGUCUCACAGACUCCCAAAGAAAACAGACAACAGGCCUCAAUCUCUCCUCAUCCUGAAUCCCCAGAGCAAAAGGGAAAAUUGCCAGAUUGUGAAUACAACACCAACCUCAUCAGUGGAUAUUAAAGGGCUCACAGUUGCAAAGAAAGGGAGCCCCCCAGCCCACAUAGCACAGAAGGACAGGCCUGUCAGCAUGUUCCUGGAGCGAAAAGAAGGUCAACCUGGAAUGACACAGGAAUCAACCAGAACAGAUCGGUGGAUUUCAAAACUGGCUGUGGAAUCUGUGGACUUCUCUAGCAGCCACGCUGCAAGAACAGAGCGCCUCAGGCAACCCCAAAUUCCCAACCAGAGCACCGACGCCUCUUCUAGUGAGCCACGGGCUAGUGCUAUUUUCUUCACACCAAAAGACAGUCAUUUCCUUUUCAACAAGGAAUCUUCAAAUCAUCAAAUCCUUUCGAAAGAUGAACUACCUAGAAAGCCACUAAAGUUCCCUGGGCCAGGCAGAGGGGGGGUUGCCAGACCGGCCCAUAAAAAGAAAGCCCGCAUGGCGCGGACGCGCUCCGAUUUCUUGACUAGAGGUACUUUUGCUGAUGGGGAGGGGGAUACCGAGGAAGAUGAUUACGAUGACAAUUUUGAGUUCCUUCUCUCCCCUGACCAACCUCCUCACCUUGAGCCAGGGCCUACAGCCAGACUUGGGCAGGCUUGUCACAGUGACUCCGAAAUGACAUUGCAGCGUUUCACAUCAAGUGAAGGCCAAACAAAGCUUCAUAAAACAAUGUCUCAGGGUGAGAUUGGGAAGCUGGCAACUGUUCAGAAGAAUCUGCCUGCCGACGGAAGGCCUCAGAGAGCCAAGAUGAGAUUCUGGGUGAAAGGGAAACAGGGAGACAAGAAAACACCCAGAGAGAAGCUUACAACCCAGUCUGAGCUGCUUGAGCUGUAUACAGAGCAAGAGGAACCAAACAUAGAAGUGACUCCUGGCCUCCAGCUUAGUGAAGAGUUGGGUUCACAUCACCUGACACCCCCAAGGAGUCCAGAGCUGUCAGGCAUCUACAAAAGGGAAUUUAAGGAGAACAAGGAGCCAUCUCCCAAAGUGAAGCGUAAGCGCAGCGUGAAGAUCAGCAGCUUGGCACUGGAGCCUGUACAGUGGCAGAAUGACUCUCUGCAGAUCAUAACCAGUGCUGGUGACUUGAAAAGCAUGGAUGAGUUUCUCCUGAAAAAGAUGAAUGAUCUGGAUAAUGAAGACAGUAAGAAGGACACACUUGUGGAUGUGGUGUUUAAGAAAGCAUUAAAAGAAUUCCGGCAAAACAUCUUUAGCUUUUACUCAUCAGCUUUGGCGAUGGAUGAUGGGAAGAGCAUCCGGUAUAAAGACCUGUAUGCCCUGUUCGAGCAGAUUCUGGAGAAAACCAUGAGGCAAGAGCAGAGGGAUUGGAGUGAAUCACCCGUCAAAGUUUGGGUCAACACCUUUAAAGUAUUCCUUGAUGAGUAUAUGACAGAAUACAAACCUCUGGAUUACAGUGCUGCAAAGGUGCCAAAAACAGAGAGAAAAAAGAGAAGAAAAAAAGAAGCAGAUGUGGUGGAAGAGCAUAAUGGUCACAUCUUUAAGGCAACCCAGUACAGCAUCCCCACAUACUGCGAGUACUGCUCCUCCUUGAUCUGGAUAAUGGACAGGGCUUCUGUUUGUAAAUUAUGUAAGUAUGCUUGUCACAAGAAGUGCUGUCUUAAAACCACAACCAAGUGCUCCAAAAAGUAUGAUCCUGAGCUUUCAUCACGGCAGUUUGGGGUUGAGCUCUCCCGACUGACCAAUGAGGAGCGAGCGGUGCCACUGGUGGUGGAGAAGCUCAUAAACUACAUUGAAAUGCAUGGAUUGUACACUGAGGGCAUUUACAGGAAGUCAGGCUCAACCAAUAAGAUAAAGGAGCUCCGACAGGGUCUUGACACAGAUAUUGACAACGUAAAUCUAGAUGACUACAAUAUUCAUGUCAUUGCCAGUGUUUUCAAACAGUGGCUGAGAGAUUUGCCCAAUCCUCUCAUGACCUUCGAACUCUACGAGGAAUUUCUGCGAGCUAUGGGCCUGCAGGAGAGGAAGGAGACCAUCCGAGGUGUGUACUCUGUCAUUGAUCAGCUCUCUCGCACCCACCUCAAUACCCUGGAACGCCUCAUCUUUCACCUUGUGAGGAUUGCCCUGCAGGAAGAGACCAAUCGAAUGUCAGCUAAUGCCCUGGCCAUUGUGUUUGCUCCCUGUAUUCUCCGCUGUCCUGACACAACUGACCCACUGCAGAGCGUUCAGGACAUCAGUAAAACAACCACCUGUGUGGAGUUGAUUGUCAUAGAGCAGAUGAAUAAAUACCGGGCUCGUCUCAAGGAUAUCAACAGCCUGGAGUUUGCUGAGAACAAAGCAAAAAGCAGGCUGUCUUUGAUCCGCAGAUCAAUGGGCAAAGGACGUCUAAGGCGUGGAACUUUCCCGAGUCCAACAUCUCCUGUUUCAGUGCGAUUACCCUCCGUGUCUGAUGUUUCUGAGGAGACCGUGAGUAGUGAGGAGGCAAUGGAGAUGGAUGUCACAGAUCAGCAGCAGGCAGCUAUGCAGCAAGAGGAGAGAGUGCUGACUGAGCAGAUUGAGAGCUUGCAAAAGGAAAAGGAGGAGCUGACUUUUGAGAUGCUUGCACUGGAGCCCCGAGCCUCUGAUGACGAAACCCUUGAGUCUGAAGCUUCCAUUGGCACUGCAGAUAGCUCAGAAAAUUUGAACUUUGACUCUGAAGGGGCUAUCUCUGAUCGAUCGGAGAGAAGUUUAGCACUUAGUUCACUGAGGCCUGUCAAGAUCGAAUCCACGAGCAGGUUGCGAAGGCAACUGAGGAAGCAGCAAGACUCUCUGGACUCAGUGGAUUCUUCGGUUUCUUCUCCGUCUUCAUCCUCCUCAUCCUGCUUACCUCACAUGACUAGGAAACGAUUCCAAAUGUACUCCAAGUCGCCCUUCUAUCGAGUUGUUGCUCCUGGCAAUAUCACUGAGCAGAGGCUGGGACUUGAAGGGUUACCAGGGCAGCUUAGGGGUCUGGAUGACAGGCCCCAGUUCACCAGCAGAGGGACGUUCAGCCCUGAGAAAGGCAAACAGAAACUGAAGAAUGUGAAAAACUCACCCCAGAAAACCAAAGAGCUCCCAGAGCGGGCAGCUGGGGCAGGCCGGAAAAGAAACACUGAAGCAGACUGCAGCAGCACCCAGCAGCUGGUGCUUUUUGGGAACAGUGAGUUCAUGGUGUGAACCAGUUGCCCAAAAUCUCCUCAUUGCUGCAAACGAGUGAUAGCAUCUCACCUUUGGUAUCUUCCCCCUCAUCAUCACCGCCGCCACCACCACCAUUGUAGAGUUACUGCCAGCUGCCCAUGCAAAGCAUUUAUUCACUAAUUGCUUGGGCUUCCAACCUUGCAUUGCCAGUACUACAGGGAGCAGAAGACUAACUCUUAACAAAAGCCUGUUGGGGACAGUUUCAGCAGUGGCCUUAGCUCUUUUUAAUAUUUUGGAACUCAAAACCUGCCAGGUUUUUCUGACUGGGGACUCAGAACAAAAGAAAAUAAAUUGGGGGAAGAAUUGCUGGUGAGCUCUGUUUUACUUCCCAUCAGCCCCUGGCUUUCUCUCUCUGAGCAGAGGAAAUGGGGAAAGGGAAAAUCAAGCCGCCAGGUAACGCCAACAGGAUCUUGGAGUUUGGGGAGCUGGUCCACACCUGUCUUGACCUUGAUGUGAAAGCUGCAGACUGUGUGUUUGUGCUGGGAUGAAGCAUAAACUCCUCUUUACAAGGAACCACAGCAAAGAGUAGACCAAGCCCUUUGUUCAGAGCUAUUUAUAAUGCACUCCGUGUUGUUGUCAGGUGAUAAUAAAAAGCUAUCAUUUCCAUUCAAGCAAUCAGAGCAUGUCUCAAAACUCCCACCACACAGACCUGCAAUGAAAAGAGAGUGAUUUUUAUUUUUGUUGUUGUUGAUAUGUCAGGAAAACUAAUGCCAGUUUCACUCCUGGUUAGUUCAAGCCAAAUACUUGUGCCGAAUUUUCAAUAGCCAUAACUAAUCCUGUGAUCGAGGCACAAAGAAGCAUUUCUAAAAAACAAAGGAACCUUUAGAAAUAUAAACCUAAAACAUUACGACCACAUCACAACCCUGAAGUGCUGCCUACUUGUAUACACUGACCAAGUGAACAAUGGUUAACAGUUCCAGUGAAGGACAGGAACUUCUCAACCAAGCAGCAAACUCAUGCAGACAAAACAGCACUAUUUUAAUUGCAGUGUUAAAUCAAAAGGAAAUGCAUGGAAAAGUGUUAAGGAAAAUUUUCCCAAAGUAAUCUGUUUUUAAAAUGUGACCUUAACCAACUUUCUCCCCUUUUCUCAGAUCAUCAGUAUUAAAAGCAAAAAGAAAAAAAAUCAAGGACUACUUUUUGUUAGUACUCUGGUUACUGAAGUUCACUGUAUAUAUAUUUUAAAGGUUUUUAUUUCCCGCCUGGAUGGAACAUUUUUGCCAGGAAAAGAAAGGGAGAAGUGAGGGAAGGUAGAAUAGCCCCUAAGAUUAUUGCAGGGAAAGAAAUGGCACCAUUUUUCACCAUAGUGCGUCACCAUUCACCAUGUCUCAGCUCACUGAACAUUUUGUGAGAUUAACAACCUGCCUAAACUGCUUAGAACACGUGAGAAGCUGAUGCAUGUGCACCUCUCACUGUAAAUGUGACACCUUUUGUCAAGGCAAGUAUGUGACAAAUGUUUGUUUAAAAAGUUCUCACUAGAUCUCUUUAGAGUAAGACAAGCAGUGUCAUUCUGUCAGAUCAAGGCUAGAUUUGUUAUUCAUGAUGUCAUCCUGUGACUUGCCCCAGCACAGAUGUUGCUGUAACACUUUUAAAAAGCAGAUUUGUAGGAAUCUAAUUUUUAAGCUUAGAGUCAGUAGUCCAGGAGGUCACUUAGUGACUUGGAACUUUAUGGGGAUGUCCCUACAUGUUAGUCUGCAUCCAUGGUCACAUGGAUGAAGACCAGCAAUCCCAGAGUAUCAUUCAGAGAAAUUACAGAUGCCAGGCCAUUUCCCUAAGCAGCCAGGAAUAUGCUGAUGCUGAGAGUAGGAGUUGAUUAGAAGGGGCUUCAGGACCUGAGUUAGAAUAAUUAGCUGAAUAAAUGCUGGAUUGGACCUGCCAGUUAACCUGCUAGUUCUGUCCUGGGUAAUGUUCUGAAGCCAAAUGUGGUUGUAACCUUGAUCCUCCUAAUCAGAAAUAGCAACACUGGUUUGUGUGCCUGACCUUUCUCUCUCUAGCAUCCAAGAGUAACGGGAAAAGACAUUUGCAUUUCAUAAUAUUGCUGGAUAAUGAUUUUAUUAUUUUACCUCCAUAAUAUGGAACUAGAAGUAUCAUGCAACUCCUAGUAACCCCUAGGUUUAAUGAUUCCUUCCUCUCAGACUUCACUGGUGGGGAGCGUGUUCCUCGGCUGGUUGAACCUGCAUUUCUUUAGAGGGAUUUAUUUAUUUUUUUUUUUUUUUGCAGUGAAAAAAUGUUAUUUAGGCCACUUUUACCAGAGAGGUGAUGACAUGGAGCAGGGACAGGGAUAUACAGUUCCUGCUUUGACCUCUGUGGAUUUAAUUAUGUCAAACUCUUUAGUUCUAAAGUUGCUAAUUUAAUAGGUCGCUAGCCAUUUUACAGAUCAACCAAGAAACCCCUGGCAAGGUGGGUGGUGGUUAUGAAGGUGGAAAGUAACUAAGGAAAUGCUGCAGGGCACCCAAACCCUUCAGAAGCCAAUUAUAAGAUUACCCCAAAAAUGCAUAUGAAGUGGGCUGUGUUCUCUGUGCUUCACACUGUGUAUCAUCUCCCAUGUGAAAUCAGAAUGCUGCUGGAACUUUUGCUGAGGCUCCUUCAGGCAGAAUAGUACACAGCUUGCUUUUCUUAAGCUGUACUGGGUUCUGCAAGACUGAUUCAGAGCAUACUUUAUGAAGGAGCCACUUUUACAGAGUUACUUUUGGGAUCAUCAUCUGAUAGAGAGAGAAUCCCUGUUAUAAGGCUCUGCAGAUGGAAUCCUUAGAAAUAGGACAGGACUCAGUUUUCAGCAGGGAUUAUUUCUAUUUACCUUCUUCCGAAGGUUUUUGCACCCAUUGGCUUGCUGGUUCUUCAAUAAUGUUGAUUAUUGAGCUACAAAAUUCUGCAGAAGCAAUGGGUCAGGAUGGGGAGAAACAUGAUAAAGUUUUCACAAAAGGGGGUACAGGUUGCUGUCCCCUUCAGAGUUGUACUUAAUAUUGCCAUGCAAGGAAUUAAGUUUGGGAUUCCCCCAACAGUGUCCACACCUGCAGAAACAGCAUGCAUCUGCCCACAUAUGAUAGCAGAGGCUGCAAGUCAUACUGCUGUUACAGCCUUUUCAGUUGGGUCGAGUGGAGGAUACACAGGGAGCUAUGGAUAGCUGCCUCCACUCAAGGAAUGAGAUUUAACAUUAGCUGAAGACUGUUAAUACCGGAAAAGCAUCAGGGGCUCCAACAUUGAUUUAUCAAGCCUGGCUUUGUUUAGAUUAAGGAACAGUCUGUCUGUCCUUCUCCCCCAUGGUGUUGUUGAAGAGGAAUUACAUAAGCACUUGUAAUUAAGAUGUUAAGCACCAAACAGUCUGAACACCACUUCCCAUUAGAAAUCAAAUGUGUAUGGUUCAAAAGGCGAUAUACACACAGGAAGCCCUGAAUGAAAACGUGGCUUUCGACACACCCGCCUCUGCUGUUCUCAGGGUUUCUGACCCUCCACAAUGAAUCCACUUAAGUUCUGCAACAGUAACUCUAGGCUUCAGAUACACUCCAGGGGUGUCCUAGCUUUCCUUUCUUCCAAUCCAAGAGCAUUCAUUUCAGCCAGAACCCUCCCACUCACCGCUUUCCUUUUAUCUUGUCUUGAAGGGGGGAGGGGGAGACAGUGAAAAGGUUUCAGUGGGUCCAGACUGUGUGUUCUGUUUUUGUCAUCGUUUAAUUAUUAUUUUGAACACAGGCACGGGAUAGACCAAUCCUUUGUUUCGUUCCCCAUCCGCGUUUAAGCCUGAUGCCUGUCUUCCCAGUCCUGUCACGCAGUAGGUAAGCGAUAGGUUCUCAGAGAUGAUACACUCCUUGUACCAAGUGAAUGUACUUACCACUGGAAAGGAUAGGGGCUGCAUAUUAUUAUUAAUUAUUAUUAUUUGUAAUGGAAAUUUUAAAAGUAAUUUAUAAGAAUGCUGAGUGUAAAUUUAAAAAGCAAAGUCUGUAUUGUAAAAGGAUAUAUUAUCCUGUGUCAUACGCUCUAUACGUUUUACCUGUUUAGGAAAAAAGAAUAUAUAAAGGAGAAUGAUUUCUCUUACCACAGAGCCAGAUUGCAUGCCACAGUGCAGUCAGCUGGCACUUUGUAAUUUCAUGUCAGUAGGUUUUCUUUAUUUUUUUUAAUUAAUGUUGUUUUUUUCCUUCUGGAACAAGGCCGUCAUAUGUAUAAAGUGCAAUUUGUGUAAUAUUUCUUAAAUAUAUACUGUAUGGCUGUACAAAACCAACUUUAUGAACAAAUAACCCCUAGCUUAUUAAAGAACAAAGCUAUUAAAAAGCAAAGAA